AUGAAUCGCACAGAAUUUUAUCAAGAGGAGUUCUGUGCCAAGUCCUCCAACUCAUCCUGCUUUCAGAGGGAACCAACUACAGCCGUUGAAGUGCUGAUGUAUUCAGGUGCAGCCGCAGUUGUGUUACUGACAGUGUGUGGAAACCUGCUGGUGAUCAUCUCCAUCUGCCACUUCAAGCAGCUCCACACACCAACCAACCUCCUCCUCCUCUCCCUGGCUGUGGCUGACCUUCUAGUUGGAAUAACUGUGAUGCCUUUCCACUUUAUUUACGCAAUACAAUCACGCUGGUGCUUUGGGACAGUAUAUUGUAUAUUUUAUAAUGUUGCUUCCUUUUCCCUGGCUGGUGUAUCGAUCUACAAUGUUGCUUUCAUAGCAGUAGAUCGAUAUGUUGCUGUGUGCAACCCUUUUUUCUACUCCAGAAACAUCACAGUGAAUGUAACUUUGAGAGUAAUAUCCUUUCUCUGGUGUUAUUCAUUAAUCUACAGCAUAAUUAUACCUUAUUUUAAUGGGAAUAUCACCAAUAUGACUGAAAAUGCAACAUGUUCUGAACAGUGCUCUGCCAUCCUCAGUGAAAUAUCUUAUAUGUAUAGUUAUCUUAUAUUUGAUUUUAUAAUAGUAUUUAUUGUGCCAUGUAUGACAAUGGUAAUUAUGUACUUGAAAAUGUUUGCCAUUGCUAAAAAGCAUGCAAAUACUAUUAGGUGUGUCAGGGAACAGCAUCAUUCAAAGGACACAAGUAAAAUGAAUUAUUCUGCGGCAUCUGAAAGAAAAGCAGCUAAAAAGCUAGGUAUACUAGUGUCUGCAUUCUUACUGUGUUCAGUACCUUACUUCAUAACUGCAUUCCUUGAGCUUUAUGUAGAUAAACCAUCAGUGUAUCUUGCAGUUGUGCAUAUGCUGGGUUUGCUAUAUGUGAAUUCUUCCAUCAAUCCAAUUCUUUACGCUCUGUUGUAUUUGUGGUUUCAGAAGUGUGUUAAACUCAUUGUAACACUUAAGAUAUGUAGCUCAGAAUCCUCACUGAUAAGCGUGCUUUGA